UCAGCUGUUUGUUGCUGAGCUGUCUGCUCGCUGCUAUUUAUUGUUUCUUUCGUAUUGUUAUCUUUAUUUUCACUGCAUUACAUGUUAACGCCAGUGCCAAGCAAACGGAUUUUUCAUAAAUCAAGAGCAAUACUAAUUCUAGAACAAUGAAGGGUUCGAAGGGCUCCAGCGAUAUCAAGUCGGAUGAUUAUCGUCUCGUCGCCAACGGCACGAAGCCUCCAGACAUUAAGUAUGAAAAAGAAAAUUCAUGGGUGGCUGGUGUGCAAAUGUUUUUGUCGUUUUUACUCGCCGGUUUCGGGAUGGUGGCAGCAAGUCUGCUACUCGACUAUGUGCAACACUGGACCGUGUUCAAGAAAGUAUCGGAAGUGUAUAUUUUAGUGCCUGCACUCCUCGGGUUGAAGGGUAACUUAGAAAUGACACUAGCAUCGAGACUCUCCACGCACGCACAUCUCGGACACUUAGAAACCAGUUUGGGCUCAUUGGUGAUGGGAAAUUUGUGUUUAAUACAGUGUCAAGCAGUUCUUGUUGGAUUCUUAGCAGCCUCUGCGGCUGUUGCUAUGGGCUGGAUACCCAAAGGCCAGUUUGAUAUCCACCAUGCACUGUUAUUGUGUGCAUCAAGUGUUCUCACGGCAUCAUUCGCUAGUUUCGUACUUGGAUUAAUCAUGAUAGGUGUUGUUGUUGUGUCUAGGAAGAUAAAUAUAAAUCCAGACAACAUUGCCACACCUAUAGCCGCUAGCCUGGGUGAUUUAACAACCUUGGCACUGUUGUCUUGGAUAGCUUCUCAUUUGUAUUUGUCUAUUGGCACAAGCGUAAUACUGCCAUCUAUUAUUAUCAUCGCUGGUGCAGUUGUCGUGCCUCUUUGUGGUUAUAUUGCUUGGAAAAACAACUUCACUAGGCAGGCUCUAGAUGAAGGAUGGGUUCCUGUUGUGUCUGCCAUGGUCAUAAGCAGUGCAGGUGGACUAAUAUUGGACUACACAGUGUCCAAAUAUGACGGGAUAGCAGUGUAUCAACUAGUCAUAAAUGGUAUAGGAGGCAACAUGGUAGCAGUGCAUGCGUCAAGGAUGUCAACAUCACUGCAUACUGGGGAGAAGGAAGGGUCAGCUAUCAGUAAUACUACUAAAUUGCUCCUUUUAAUGGUAAUACCAGGACAGUUAAUAUUCAUUUAUACCAUAGGCUACCUGAGGGCUGGCCACACUUCCAUGACCCCUACAUUUAUAUUCUUCUACAUGUCUGCUGCUAUGUUGCAAGUGUUCUUGUUGUUACUUAUUAGUCAUUACAUGGUGUUGUUUAUGUGGAAGCUAGGUAUGGACCCUGAUAACUCAGCCAUACCUUAUCUGACUGCAUUGGGAGAUUUACUAGGUACUGCAUUAUUAGGUGUAGCUUUCAGGGUCUUGGAUAUGAUUGAUGAUGAUGAUGCAGACUUAGGAGAAUGAUCUAUUCAUUCUCCUAACUCUGCAUUAUCAUCACUAAUCAUUAUCUAUACUUAUUUGCAGAAAAAGUUAUAUUUUUGCUGUAUUGUUAAUAAAUAGUAAGAAUUUUGUAUCAUAUCAACUACUAUGUAUUCUAAUGUGAUUGUUAGUAUUUGGAAUUUUGUUAUCUUUAGUAACUUAGGUUUCAGUUCAAAAUUAUGUGGCAUUAUCCAUGCUCAAUUGGUUAGUCACAUUUUAUUGCAACAACCUUGUGAUAGGCAUGUGCACACAAUUAUAUUACUUUAAGGUAAUUUAAAUGCUUAAAUAAAAUGAUAAUAAAACAUUUUCCUCAAGUUUGGGAUUAUAUUUUAAA